AUGCGAUUUCGUGUCAUGACCACCAAGCGCCAGCCGUUUACUACUUGUGUCCCCUGGGUCCUCACGACCGCACGAACAAGCUACAGCGAACCUGCCACAUACCUUACACGUCCAGAUACCAUGAACGAGCCCAUCCCGCUCCCGGGCUCAGGUUCAGGCUCAACGGGAACGAUGCCCCGCCUCGGUCUCGGCGUCUACCAGCUCAGGGGGGAAGAGUGCUUCGCGGCCUGUCUGGCGGGGUUAGAGGCCGGGUACCGGCACAUUGAUACCGCGCAGCUGUAUGGGAAUGAGGAGCAGGUUGGGAGGGCUGUUGGGGUGUUUUUGCGACGGCGGGAGGAAGUGUUAUCAGAUGGGUGCGAUGAUGGGCUUGGUAUUUCUGCCGCUGGGAGAAGAGGGAGGGUCAAGAGGGAGGAUUUAUUUUUGACAACUAAGGUUGGACGGUGGGAGGGCGACGGGGAGAAGAUGUAUGAGAGUGUCUUGAGGAGUGUGAUGAGAGUUGCUGGGGAGGAGGAGGGAGGGUACGUUGACUUGGUUCUCGUACAUCGUCCCGUUGCGCGGUGGAGGGAUAUUUGGAGCGUGUUGGGGAGGCUUGUGAGGGAGGGUAGGGCGAGGGCGAUUGGGCUUCAUCCGUGGUGUCAACAGCGGGAACUAGUCGCCUACUGCCAACAAAACGGCAUCGUGGUACAAGCGUACAGCCCUCUCGCGCGCGGGCAACGGUGGACUGACCCCGUGUUGAGAGAGGUCGUGGAGCGGGUCCGGCGCCGUAUCGGGGUCGGCGUCCGGGAGGAACCAAUACCAGUAUCCGGACGAUGGGUGGCGGGAACAAACGACGACCCACAGGACCGGGAUACGGCAGUCACGAAGAUAAGAGAGAUCACGGAGGCUACAGUCACGCCGGCGCAGGUGCUAAUCCGGUGGUCUCUGCAACGCGGAUAUGUGCCGCUUCCCAAGAGUGCGGACGCAGAGAGAAUCAGGGAGAAUGGGGACGUGUUUUGGUUCAAGCUUGAUGAGGUCGAGAUGGGCAUGUUGGACGGAUUGGAUCUGGGGGCUGCGGGGGCGCUGUUUCCUAAGAAUGUGAGUUGA